UCGCCUUUUUCACUCGCUGUCUCUCGCUUUCUCUCUCUCUAAACACUGAACAGAGAAACCCUAUCGUUUUCCUCUCUCUCUCUCUCUCUCUCUCUGAGAAGCUGGGCAACAUUGGUGAUCAGACGCUGUUUCUUUGUUCGUGUUUGAAGUUUGAAGUUUGAAGUUGUAUGCUCUGUUUCUGAGUCAAAGAAGGCUAAAGCUGGGAACGAGAGUUAAUUAGGACUACUUGGCCUUUGUUUUGAAUUGUUAAAACCACAUAUGAAUUGAAAAAUAGUUGAGCUGAUCCCAUGUUUUGGAAGGAGGACUGGGUCUGUUUUUUCUUCACGUUUAGUGGGUAUUUGGGAUAAGAUAGGAGGCGGUAGGUUGGAUGCCAGUUGGAGUAUGUCUGGUCGUCCUCUGAUUUGAAACAUUCAGACAACGCGCCUCUCUAGUAAACCAUUCUUGGGUUUUUGUUUAUUUAGGUAGAGAUUUGGUCAGGCGAGGCUUCCUGCUUCUGCCGGUAGUGGUGGAGGGGGUGGGUUCAUAUAAUAUAAGGUAUGCAUUUCGAGGACCGUCCAUCUCUCUCUCUCUCUCUCUCUCUCUCUCUCUCUCUCUCUCUCUCUCUCCCUGUAUGGCUUGAUUUGAGUACAUUUUUGGAGAUUUGGGUUUUACAGUUCUGUUCUCUUGAUCUACAUUUUAGUGUGUUUCUGAGAAAGAUCUGUUCUCUUUUACUUGGUAUAUAUUUUCUCCCUAAAAAAGUUUGGGAGGGUGAGCAGGGGGAGGGAAAUUCUGGUUCGAUUGAUCUCUGAAAGAUGUGUUUUGCUGGUUUCUUCUGAGAUCUGGGUGUCUACUUAGUAAAUUUUCAGCAAAAUGGCCUCGAGAUAUUUGAAGCCUAGCAGAUCCUCACUGUCUUCAGCUUCGGAUGCAACUGAGUCGCAGCAUGGCAACUCUUCAAUUCCUAUGACUGUCACCUUUGGGAGGCGAACUUCAUCCGGUCGCUACAUCAGCUACUCGAGAGAUGAUCUUGAUAGUGAAAUUGGAAAUGCCGAGUUCAUGAACUACACUGUGCACAUUCCGCCCACGCCAGACAAUCAGCCCAUGGAUCCCUCAAUUUCGCAGAGGGUUGAAGAGCAGUAUGUGUCGAACUCCCUGUUUACCGGCGGAUUCAACAGUGUUACGCGAGCCCAUUUGAUGGACAAAGUGAUAGAGUCCGAGGCAAGCCAUCCCCAGAUGGCAGGCGCAAAGGGAUCUUCCUGUUCGAUUCCGGGUUGUGAUGGGAAGGUCAUGCGUGACGAGAGGGGUGAAGAUAUUCUCCCUUGUGAGUGUGAUUUCAAGAUAUGCAGGGAUUGUUAUGUUGAUGCUGUUAAGACAGGCGAUGGCAUUUGCCCGGGGUGUAAGGAGCCUUAUAAGCCUACGGAUUUGGAUGAAUCUGCUGUGGAAAAUGCAAGGCCCCUCCCUCUUCCAUCGACAGUUGGAAUGUCGAAGAUGGAGAGGAGGUUGUCGUUGAUGAAGUCGACAAAAUCGGUGCUGAUGAGGAGUCAGACAGGGGAUUUUGAUCAUAACCGCUGGUUGUUUGAAACAAAAGGGACUUAUGGGUAUGGCAAUGCUAUAUGGCCAAAGGAAGGAGGACUUGGGAGUGACAAGACUGAUGGAGCUGGUGAGCCAUCAGAACUUCUUAGCAAGCCAUGGAGGCCUCUUACGCGCAAAAUGAAAAUACCUGCUGCUAUUAUCAGCCCAUAUCGGCUUCUAAUUGUUAUCCGAAUGGUUGUUCUUGCAUUAUUUCUGGCUUGGAGGAUCAAUCAUCCAAACAAUGAUGCAAUAUGGCUUUGGAUUAUGUCCGUGAUCUGUGAAGUUUGGUUUGCAUUCUCUUGGUUACUCGACCAGCUUCCCAAGCUCUGCCCUGUCAAUCGUUCAACUGACCUUAAUGUUUUGAAAGAGAAGUUUGAAACACCUAGCCCCCACAAUCCAACUGGAAAAUCUGAUCUUCCAGGGGUCGACAUUUUUGUAUCUACAGCAGAUCCAGAGAAAGAACCACCUCUGGUUACAGCGAACACCAUCCUGUCUAUUCUGGCAGCUGAUUACCCUGUUGAGAAACUCGCUUGUUAUGUUUCUGAUGAUGGAGGUGCUCUUCUAACCUUUGAGGCCAUGGCAGAAGCUGCAAGUUUUGCCAACUUUUGGGUCCCAUUUUGCCGCAAACAUGAUAUUGAGCCAAGGAACCCAGAAUCUUAUUUCAGUUUGAAGAGAGAUCCUUACAAGAACAAGGUGCGUGCAGAUUUUGUCAAAGAUCGUAGAAGGGUGAAGCGUGAAUAUGAUGAGUUCAAGGUUCGGAUUAAUGGCCUUCCUGAUUCAAUCCGUCGGCGUUCUGAUGCUUAUAAUGCUAGAGAGGAGAUCAAGGCUAUGAAACUUCAGAGAGAGAACAGAAGUGAUGAACCGGUGGAACCUGUGAAGGUCCAAAAAGCAACAUGGAUGGCUGAUGGAACCCACUGGCCUGGCACUUGGAUGGUUGCUGCAUCUGAGCACUCUAAGGGUGAUCAUGCUGGAAUCAUACAGGUGAUGUUAAAGCCUCCCAGUGACGAGCCACUGCAAGGGACAGCUAGUGAUAGCGAUCCAGUUGAUUUUACUGAAGUUGAUAUUCGUCUACCUAUGCUGGUUUAUGUCUCCCGUGAAAAGCGUCCUGGUUAUGACCAUAAUAAGAAGGCCGGGGCUAUGAAUGCUCUUGUUCGAGCCUCAGCCAUCAUGUCCAAUGGCCCUUUCAUUCUUAACCUUGACUGCGACCAUUACAUCUACAACUCCCAAGCACUGAGAGAAGGUAUGUGCUUCAUGAUGGAUCGUGGUGGGGACCGCCUUUGUUAUGUCCAAUUUCCUCAGAGGUUUGAAGGAAUUGAUCCGUCUGAUCGCUAUGCCAAUCACAAUACAGUUUUCUUUGAUGUCAACAUGAGGGCCCUUGAUGGGCUUCAGGGUCCAGUUUAUGUUGGUACUGGAUGUCUAUUUCGCAGGAUUGCCCUUUAUGGUUUUGACCCUCCUCGCUCAAAGGAACACCACCCAGGUUUUUGUAGUUGCUGCUUUACUCGUAGCAAGAGACCUGCAGCUGUUGCAUCUGCCCCUGAGGAGAACCAUGCGCUUCGAAUGGGCGACUCUGAUGAUGAUGAGAUGAACCUUGCUUUUCUCCCUAAAAAGUUUGGGAACUCUAGUUUUCUUGUUGAGUCAAUCCCGGUGGCAGAAUUCCAAGGCCGACCGCUUGCUGAUCACCCCACUGUGAAGAAUGGGAGGUCACCUGGUGCUCUUACCAUUCCUCGAGAGCUUCUUGAUGCAUCUACAGUUGCUGAGGCAAUAAGUGUCAUCUCAUGUUGGUAUGAAGACAAAACUGAAUGGGGCCAUCGAAUUGGGUGGAUUUAUGGGUCUGUAACAGAAGAUGUGGUCACAGGGUAUAGGAUGCACAAUCGGGGAUGGAGAUCUGUUUAUUGUGUCACCAAGCGGGAUGCCUUCCGUGGAACAGCCCCAAUCAAUUUGACCGAUCGGCUUCACCAGGUACUCAGGUGGGCCACUGGUUCUGUUGAAAUAUUUUUCUCUCGCAACAAUGCCUUACUUGCCAGCCCAAGGAUGAAGGUUUUGCAGAGGAUUGCUUAUCUUAAUGUUGGAAUUUACCCCUUCACAUCUGUUUUCCUCAUUGUCUACUGCUUUCUUCCUGCACUUUCCCUCUUCUCUGGUCAGUUUAUUGUUCAGACCCUCAAUGUAACUUUCCUCACCUACCUCCUCGGGAUCACAUUGACUCUCUGUAUGCUUGCUAUUCUGGAGAUUAAGUGGUCUGGCAUUGAACUGGAAGAGUGGUGGCGGAAUGAACAAUUUUGGUUGAUUGGAGGCACAAGUGCUCAUCUUGCAGCUGUGCUCCAGGGUCUGCUGAAGGUGAUUGCAGGGAUUGAGAUAUCAUUCACUUUGACUUCCAAAUCGGCUGGUGAUGAUGCAGAUGAUGAGUUCGCUGAUCUUUAUAUCAUCAAGUGGACAUCCCUGAUGAUACCCCCAAUCACCAUCAUGAUGGUCAACUUGAUUGCAAUAGCAGUUGGUGUCAGUCGAACAAUAUACAGCGUUAUUCCCCAGUGGAGCCGCCUGAUCGGUGGCGUGUUCUUCAGCUUCUGGGUAUUGGCUCAUUUGUACCCUUUCGCAAAAGGACUCAUGGGAAGACGAGGCAGGACACCUACAAUUGUAUUUGUCUGGUCUGGACUCAUUGCGAUCACCAUUUCCCUUCUCUGGGUGGCAAUCAGCCCCCCAGAAGGCAGUAAUCAAAUUGGAGGGUCAUUCCAGUUCCCGUGAUUUCCUCCUCCAUUUUGUCUAGGUAAUCUUUUUCCCCGUACAUUCACAUCUUGUGUCUUAAGCAUAUCUCGACUCCCAGUUAUGUUCAGUUGCCUCUGUGGACAAUGGAGAGGGCCUUGGUUGGGAUAUGCAAAUUCAAAAUUAUAGGCAAAAUCUUGCAUUGUUCUUGUACUAAUUUUUUUUCCUUGGCUUUGGAUGUUCAUGGGGAAAUAGGUUACGCCAUUGCAUUCUUUUGUAACUUAGAGAUGUGACUGUAGAAAUUACUGCAGAUAAAUCCAUCCCAUAAAAUUUGCUUUUUAUUUA